AAAUCUGAUUCCCAAAAUCAAGUGCCAAAAAUCGUAGAAAUCGUGUAACAAAACUUUUAAAUCACAACUACUCAACAUCACUCCUUCCUCUUUCUGCGCCAUCAUCCCCAUUUGUCGCUUUUGCGUCUUCUUUGCCACAUGCCUCUGCACCAUCGUAUUGCUCUGCUGUUGCGCUUUCUCCACCAUCGACCACCGUCACUGCCAUUUUUAAUCGAUAUGUAGAAUCAAUUGUUCUUAUGUUUAGAGGAUGUGUUUGAUGAACUUAAACCAUUGAUGUUUAUGUUUCUGUAUGCAGUUUGUGAUUCUCUAUAUAAUAUUAAUUCUGCCCAACAUGAGUAUUCGUUUAGUAAAGAUUAAAGAAUCAUCGAUAAUAAUCUCUUGUUUACAUCUCAUGAAAUCAUGAUAACAUUUCAACUUUGAGAAAUAAUUAUAAAGUGUUAUAUAAUACUAGUACAUUAAUACUAAUACUGAUUUUUUACAUUGUAUAAAACAUUACCCGAUUAUCUUGAUUGAUUUUAAUAUCAUGUUUUUUCGAAUCACUAUUUACCAAAAAGAGAUAUUUAUGUAAUCUCACCACCAUAGUUAUGAAAACCUAUUAACAAAUACGUAUUACACACAGAGUAUGAUCAAUGGCGUUUCAUAGCAGAUCGGCGACAACAAUUUUGUUUUCUCUAGCCAAUUUCCAUCUACCUUUUUUCCUUAUACUUCUGAUUGUCGUCGGUAACAACGGCGUCGGCGUCGGUGGGACGAAGAAGCGAGUUCACAUUUCCGACGACCUCGAUGACGUCGAGGACAAUGAGGAGGAUGAGGCGUGGAUAGAAUGGGGACAAAAGAAGAAAAUGACGGUGGAAGAGUUUGAUCCACCGCCGGAGAAUUUUUCCGAUAUGGAUUUUAGUCAGAUGCAAAAUGAGGUUCUGAAACGACAAGUUGGACAAGCGUAUGGCUUCGUUAAGCUACGGUUAACCGAUCAUCGUACUCCGGAUAUGGUAUCUGAUAUUGCAGUGAAAUGGACCCAACUUGCAAGAACCGGAGCAAUUGGAGUCAUUUUCAUGGGUUUUGAUCUUUCCACUAUAAUGUUCACAUUACAAAAUGCCCAAAAUACUUUAGAGUUUAAAGAUUUUUUACUGGAUCAACCUGAAGCAUACGAGAUUAAGAUGGGGGAUCAAUUUUUUCGAAGACCUGGGGAUCCUCCGUUUGACAAUCUUCUAAAAAAACUUCAUGAAGAAGAAGACAAGAAAAAGAUUGCUACUUCCUCCAACGAUACUAUCACCAAAGAUGAGUUAUGAUUCACAAUAAAGUAAAUUAUUAUUUCAUUUUUUUUUUUCUAAAUCAUUUCCAUUGGUAAAUUGUGUUGUUUAUUUGGUUUAACUUCUUCAUUUGCUCUGACUUUUAUAUUAUCCAUGGUUUUUUUUUU